AUGCAGAUCGACCCGGCCGCUCUGAGUCGGUCUGACUCGGCGUCAAAUCCAGCAAAGAGUGCGACACCAAAUGCUGCAGCAACAGUGAAAUCCUCUAGGGCCCUAAACUCCGUUCCGCGCCUCGACCUGGAGCAUGCCUACACGGAUCUAAAAGCCGCCAUCGGGGACCAGUGGGCCGAGUACAAGGAAUCCACCGCCCUGUUCUUACUAGGUCACUACAACCAAAGUGAAUACGCGUCGCGAGUCGACUAUAUCCUUUGCGCCGAUUCGAAAAUCGAACAUCUACAUAAUAAUUUCGUCUGCGCGAUUCUCGGAAAUCUCACGCGAGACCUCCCCGAUCAUGGCGUCGCGAACUGGGUUUCGGCCAAUGAUAAGCCGUCAAUGGUGUCGAAGCCGAUCUCGGGCGAUGCUGCGGAGCAGAGACUCAAGACGGAGGUGAUGCAGCUGCCACCAAGAGACCGACGACGUAUCAAGGCAAUUCCAGAGCGCGACCCCAACGAAGUGAAACCCAGUGAACUAGAGGAAUACCACCUUGCGAAACAAAUCAAGCUCCCAAGUCAGGUCCCAGCAAGUGCCGGUGGAUUAAAUAAGACCAAUUGGGAAUUAGAAAUCCGAAAACGAUAUGCGCAACCACUUGCCGCCGAGACUGGCGAGUUCCCCGACGCGGAAUCUAUCUAUGCCCGCAUGGUCCCCAUGUGCUACGAAGAGUCCCUUCCCGGCGGCGCCGGCCUUCCAUGUGCCGAGUUCAUGGCAAUUGCAACAGAAACAUUUGUGAAAGAAGUCCUAUCUUCCGUCUUCGCACGCACGCGGUCGAACGGUCCGUCUGGUACAAGUAAUGGCAUGAUGAUGCGCAAGUACCGGCAACAACUGGAAUGGGAAGAGCUGGCUUUCACCCGCGGCGAAAUAGCCAAGGAUACUGCUACCGGAUUGCUUCCAGUUGAGGCUCGAGAAGCUGCCCUUCGCCGACCUCUUGGAGUUAGAGAUCUGCGACUUACACUUGAGCUCAGCAGUGGGGUUCUUGGUCAUAUGCCGCUGAUCAUUGACCAGAUCAAGGGUGGGUACUUUGAAGAUGAGCUUGAGACUGAGAAGCAAGAUCGAGUGGAGAAUGGGGUGGGUCAGGUCAUUGAGGUGAAGACUGCCGAUGAGGAUGAAAUGGACAUUGAUGAUGACGAUGCGCUAUCGGACUGGGAAGGAGGCACUGCCGCGGAUAGAGGCCAAUUAGGCUCUUUACUCGACGAGUGCUUGUCUAUGGCUGCAUGA